AGACGGAGGGUGGAGUGAGGGAGGGAAAUGCAGUUAGAGUCUGCCACUGACAGUUCUAUUCUACUGACAACACAGCGAGUCUACACUGUACAGUCUACAGAUAAAGGAAAAAUUGAGAGACAAAAAGAGAGUGGGGAAAGACCCUCCAGUGAACUGCACAAACUUUACCUCCAACUCAGUUUCUCUACCUCACACAUGCAGGAUGAAGGCUGUCUGGACAUUGGGUUUCUUGGCAGUAUGCAUCGUGCUGGUUAUGGCCUUCCAUACUAUAAAGCAGGAGAUGACCAUUCGAAAAACAAGAAAACAAAUUAUUUUUAACAAGGAAGAAGUGAAGACAAAGGAGGAUGAUAUCCUGAAAUGUAAAACAACACUGCAGAAACUGAGCGAUGAGCAGGUUUCAUUGGAUAAGGUGAAAUAUAAACUGACAAAGGAUAUAGAAGAGCUGGGGAGACAGACAGGAAACACUGAGCAAAACCUGAACACCUGUCAAACGAAGAAGACUGGUGUCCAGAAUCAGAAAACAGAAAGGGCUUCAGCAAUUGAUGCACUAAAGACAAAUCAGAACGCUGAGAUACUGAAAGUGCAGGAGGAGAUUCAGAGUUUGCAGAAACAGAUUCUGGACAGAGAUACAAAGAUCUGCCAAUAUGUGGAUAAAGAGAAGGACGGCGGAAGGACUUUGUGUUUGGACAAAAUGGGUGCCAGUAAUGUAUAACAAGGAUAAAAUGGAAAAUCAGGGAAACAUUAAAACAUUUGAUUUUUUUUCAUCUUCCAUACCUUAUACAUAUAUUUUUGAUACUAUCCACUAGUAUAAUAAUAAAAAUGGAUUGGUUUUGCACUCAGGAUUAUUCUGUGGACUACACCUGAGUGUUUUAGUGUGGAUCAUAGUUUCCAAGUUGUACAAUUAGUGGUCCUCAUGGUUAAAUACCUGGCUAAAUGCAUUUUAAAUUGUUGUACACAAAAUAAAACUAAGCCUGAUGAAAUGUGAGAGCUCAUACCACAAGUGUAAAUAAUAAAGCUAAUAAAGACCAGUUAAUUCCAGUUUCUGGAAUUCCAGUUUAAA